CAAAUCACUACACCCCCUCGAUCCCUAUUUCAAUUUUUUGUCCAAAUAAAUAUUAGAUUCUUUAUGAAAUAGAGGGAACUUUCCUUUUUCACAGCCUUCUUGUCUCUAUUCUCUUUCUCUCUCUCCUUUGAAAUCUUUUUCUUUUACUUAGAUUCUGCCAUUUAUUUCUUCCUCUCCUUUUUUUUUUUCCUUUGUUUAAAAUAUUUUGAGAGAGAGAGAGAGAGAGACGUCUAGUUUUGAAGUUGGGGUUAGCCUAUUUGUGGGAAGGUGGUGCUCACUAUGGGUGUUGGGUUCACAGGAGGCUUUAACUUGCCUUACAAGUGAUGUUUUUAAUGCUCAUUUUAGCUUUUUUUGAGAUUUCAUGUGUCUAGUUACUGGUGCUUUGGGAUGUGUGUCUUGAGUUUCUUCACUUAGGUAGGGUGACUUUCUUGUACAAGGGAGUUGAUGGUUGUGGCUGUACAACAAUAUAGGGUUUAGGGGUUUGUAAUUUUUUGAUUUUAGUCAAGGGAUUUGGUUGCAGGUGGGGACUAAAGAUCUCAGUGUGCUUUACUGGACUCACUCAUUUAUUUUAUUUGAAAGAUCGCUAUUAUUGCUUCACUUUCAAGUUGCUGUUUUGUCUUCUGAUAUCUGACGAAUUUUGUGCUUCAAGUUUCAUUCUUUGAGCUUUCCUUCUCCUCUUACAAAAUCAAUUGGGAGUUCUGAGUCUCAUUCUUUAGUGUUCUUGAGAUUUGAUUUCUGGUGGGGAUUGGUGCUCUAUUAAAUUUUACUUCUUUUGGUUGCUUCAUUUGCAAUUUGCAGCUUCCAAGUUGCGUUUCCUUCUUCUCCUUUUGGGAUGUCAAAGAACUUGUUUUUUCAUUUGGAUUUCUUCUUGAAAAGUAGUGCCUUCCCCAAAACAUACCAGCUUCAAUUGAGGGGUUUUGGCUUCGUCUGAGCUGGGGGUAGGUUUUUGUUUCGGUAAUGAUGGUGCUGGACAUUGCUCUGGUGACUUUCCUCAAAUGGGUAGUCUUCGCUUGUUUUCUUUGUUCAUCUUUGGGUCUCAAAAGCUCAUCCCAAUCCUGUGAUCCUCGUGAUUAUUUGGCGCUGAAAGAAUUUUCCGGAAGCCUCACAAAUGGGUCCAUUGUUGCAGCCUGGUCCAACGAAGCUAAUUGCUGCCAAUGGGAUGGUGUUGUAUGCCGAAAUAAUGGCAAUGGUUCGGCUGGUAAUAGAGUGAUAAAGCUAAUUCUGCCGAGAAAGGACCUCGAAGGGAUAAUAUCGCAGUCUUUGGGCCGUUUGGAUAAGCUGAAAGUACUUGAUCUCUCUUGCAAUCAUCUCCAAGGUGAAUUGCCUAUGGAGUUCUCAAGCUUGAAGCAGCUGGAGGUUGUCGAUCUGAGCCAUAAUAUGCUGUCAGGACGGGUUUUUGGGAUGCUUUCUGGUUUGUUGUCUAUUCAGUCGCUGAAUAUGUCUAGCAAUCUGUUCAAAGAGGAUUUGUCUGAACUUGGGGGAUUUCCAAAUCUUGUUGUAUUCAACAUGAGCAACAAUUCAUUCACUGGCCGAAUCCCUCCUCAAAUUUGCAGCUCCUCCAGUGGGAUUCGGAUUCUUGAUUUGUCAAUGAACCAUCUUGUUGGCAAUCUUGAAGGCUUAGACAAUUGCAGCACAUCUCUCCAGCAAUUGCAUUUGGAUUCCAAUUCACUUUCAGGCUCUCUCCCGGAUUCUCUGUUCUCGUUGUCUGCUCUGCAGCAAUUCUCAAUCUCCAACAACAAUUUUUCCGGCCAGUUAAGCAAUGAAUUGAGUAAGCUUUCUAGCCUUAAAACCUUGGUUAUUUAUGGAAACCGGUUUUCGGGCUAUAUUCCAAACGUGUUUGGUAAUCUUACACAGCUAGAACAACUUGUUGCACAUUCAAAUUUGUUUUCCGGGCCAUUACCAUCAACACUGGCAUCAUGCUCAGAGCUUUGCAUACUUAACCUGAGAAAUAAUUCUUUAACUGGCCCAAUUGAUCUUAAUUUCACUGGAAUGCCUAACCUUGGUGCACUUGAUCUUGCCACUAAUCAUUUGUUUGGCCCCCUUCCAAAUUCCCUAUCUGAUUGCCAAAAACUAAAAGUUUUGAGUCUGGCUAAGAAUGAGUUAACUGGUCCUAUCCCCAAGAGUUUUGCAAAGCUCUCAUCCCUGUUGGUUCUCACUUUAUCAAACAAUAGUUUUAUGGGCCUAUCUGGGGCAUUAUCUGCACUGCAGCAGUGCAAAAAUCUCACCACUCUUAUCCUCUCAAAGAAUUUCAUUGGUGAAGAAAUUCCCAGAAAUGUGAGUGGUUUUGAGAAUCUAAUGGUAUUAUCACUUGGAAAUUGUGCUCUCAAAGGCCAAAUUCCAGCUUGGUUGUUAAGUUGCAGGAAGUUACAAGUUCUUGAUUUGUCAUGGAAUCAAUUGGAUGGCAGUAUCCCUCUUUGGAUUGGUCUAAUGGAGAAUUUGUUUUACUUAGACUUCUCAAAUAACUCUCUCUCUGGAGAGAUCCCAAAGAGUUUGACUGAGCUAAAGAGCCUCAUUACCCUGCAUUGCAGUAUAUCCAAUGCUUCCGCUGGCGUUCCACUGUUUGUCAAGAGAAAUAGGAGUGCUAGUGGUUUGCAGUACAACCAACCCACAAGUUUUCCUCCCUCACUAUAUCUGAGCAACAACAAAAUAAAUGGGACAAUUUUGCCUGAAAUUGGAAAGUUGAAACAGCUCCAUGUCUUAGAUUUGAGCUGGAAUAGUAUAACUGGGACCAUACCUAGCUCCAUUUCUGAAAUGGAGAACCUAGAAACUUUAGAUUUGUCAUCCAAUGAUCUUUAUGGGUCAAUUCCCCCAUCAUUUGAGAAGUUGACUUUCUUGUCCAAGUUUAGUGUGGCUAAUAAUCACUUGAAGGGGCAAAUUCCAACCGGAGGGCAGUUCUCUAGCUUUCCGAGUUCAAGCUUUGAGGGCAAUUCAGGACUUUGUGGAGGAAUUGUUUCUCCUUGUAAUGUCAUUAGCAAUAUGUUGCAGCCUGGUAUUCCAUCUGGUUCAAACAGUAAAUUUGGUAAAGGAAACAUUGGAAACAUCCUGGGCAUAACAAUCACUAUUGGAGUGGGGCUCGCAUUGAUCCUUGCGAUUGUUUUGCUUAAGAUGUCAAAGAGGGAUGUGGGAGAUCCAAUUGAGGAUUUGGAUGAGGAAGUCAGCUGGCCACACCGGUUAUCUGAAGGCCUUGGAUCUUCCAAGUUGGUGCUUUUUCAGAAUUCAGAGUGCAAGGAUCUUACAGUUGCAGACUUGUUGAAGUCAACAAACAAUUUCAACCAAGCAAAUAUCAUUGGCUGUGGUGGAUUUGGCCUGGUUUACAAGGCCAACCUUCCCAACGGUACCAAAGCAGCAAUCAAGAGGCUUUCUGGGGACUGUGGUCAGAUGGAACGUGAAUUUCGUGCUGAAGUGGAAGCACUUUCAAGGGCUCAACACAAGAAUCUUGUUUCUCUUCAAGGUUAUUGCCGUCAUGGUAAUGACAGAUUAUUGAUUUAUUCGUACAUGGAGAAUGGAAGCUUGGAUUAUUGGCUACACGAGUGUGUUGAUGGAGCUUCAUUUCUUAAAUGGGAUGUGAGGCUCAAGGUAGCGCAAGGUGCAGCAUCUGGGUUAGCUUAUCUGCACAAAGUCUGUGAACCACAUAUAGUUCAUCGGGAUGUGAAAUCUAGCAACAUACUUUUAGAUGAAAAAUUUGAAGCUCAUUUGGCUGAUUUUGGCCUCUCAAGGCUGCUUCGACCGUAUGAUACUCAUGUUACGACGGAUUUGGUUGGCACUUUAGGCUAUAUUCCUCCUGAAUAUAGUCAGACAUUGACAGCAACCUGCAGGGGUGAUGUAUACAGUUUUGGUGUGGUUCUUCUUGAGCUCGUUACUCGUAGAAGGCCUGUGGAAGUUUGCAAAGGAAAAAACUGCAGGGAUUUGGUGUCUUGGGUGUUUCAGAUGAAGUCUGAAAAAAGGGAGGCAGAGAUUGUGGACUCAUCCAUGUGGGACAAAGAUAUUGAGAAGCAGCUGUUUGAAAUGCUUGAAAUUGCCUGCAGAUGCUUAGACCAAGAUCCGAGGCGGAGACCCCUCAUUGACGAGGUUGUUUCAUGGCUUGAUAGUAUUGGAAUUCAGGGUGCUUGAGACUGCAUUUUGUUAGUUCCUGGUCAUUAGCUUCAGUCGGAGGGAUGGUAUACCUGUAAAGCGAUUACUAUAAUUCCAAGUUAUUACAAGCAACUUUCUUUCUUUCCUCCAUAGAAACAAUCCUUAGUGCUGUCUGUAUAUUGACAAAAGAGCUGUGUAUAAAGAGGCUCUUUUGGCCCUUUUUAUUUUAUAUCAGCAAUAAGCAUCAUAAAAUAUGUUGAUUUUUGUAUAGCUUUUCUUUCUUUGUUCCCCCUUAACAUUACCUUGUGAAGAAUCAACUCCUUUCAAUCUGUUUCACAAUCA